UGCAAUGGAGUUAAAAGAAAGAAAAUUCCGUUUAAAAGAAAGGAAUUAACAAAUAAAGUGGCUUGAUUAACGUUAAAAUUUGAGUUAACUCAUGAAUGCAUGGUACUCAAAGUGAUCAUAGAUAUUCAAUACAUACAUAAAUAUCUGAUUUACAAUCUAAUAGCGUCGAUUUCAUGAAAGCGAAAUCGAAAGUGUACUGUUGUAUAUUCGGACUGAAUUCUUUCGGAUACUGGGGAGUGUACACAGUCCGAAAACAUAAUACAAAAAAAUGGAAAAAGUUCAAUGUAAACGCCAAUGUACUGUAAAAAUGGCGUAACAAAAACUUUGCAACAUUUCAACCUCUUCACUGCCCGUUAAGGCAUGACGCGUGCGCUGUUGGGCUCGUUACAAAAGAAGCACAAACUGACGUUCGAAAAUCAACAAAAUGACGUUCGAAAGUCAACUGAAGCUUGGGCAGUUCCGAAAUUGGGUGAGAUCGUCGAUCGGUCUUCGUUGCUUAAAGGAUGGUCUCUUGGACUACGUUUCGACGAAGACUGAAGAACAAUAUGAAACAUUUGUGACAUACGUGAAAGGCAGAGCCAAAAUCGACACGUUCACUUGUGAAAAGUGUGAAUUAUGCAACCUUUUACCUCACCAUGCGCUAGAAAAACGGCCAUGUAACCAAAAAAAUGUCAAAUCUUGUAAUUGCAAGCGGCAGGGGGGCAGACGGAUUUGUCCUGAGGGCGGGGCUUGUGGCAUAUUCUAUGACUGUGUCAUUGAUGAACAUUCUCAAAAAGACCCAAGUUGGUGCAACACUUCAGUUGAACUCUGGUCGACUAAUAGCUUUGAAUUUUUGAAAUGUUAUAUUUCAACACCCGGAUACAAGAACAAAAUAUCUCUUUCUCAAAUAGAUGCGUCUGGGCUGUUGAGCAUAUGUCUGAACAAUAUGGGAUUGAAUGCUGCUUUCAAUAAUAUUCUUGACUUGUUAAAGAAGGUUAAAGAUUAUAGGAAUGAAAUACUUCAUUCAGGCGAUCUCAAGAUCAGUAACGAGAGGUUGAAAGAAUACCUCAACGACAUGAAAGGAAUUUUGCAACAUUCCGAACUGGAUGAAAACGAAGCUGCGCAAAGAGAACUAAAACAGCUUCAAAUGCUAGAAACCGACGAGAUUGUCAUCACAUCCCAGGAAGGUAUCAAUAUGAGAAAGGAUGCAUUAAAGGCAGUUAUUGAAAGAGAAAUCGAAUUGAAGCUUAAUCUCUCCGACGAAUAUUCAUCCUUAUCAACAGACGAUGACACGACGACUGUGAAAACGCCUUUAACCAAUGGCGACACAUCUGUUGUGAAGGCGACUUUAACAGCAGAAGAGAGGGACAAAAUAGAAAAAGAACUCGCUCAGCUAGUUUGUAUUGAAAACAAGCACUACAGGUGCAUAGAGGCUUCGCUUCAGGAAGUGGAAAAAGAGAUGCUGAGUGUAAAAGAUACUAUAAGAACGCACAGAUCAGAUUUAGAAGAAAUCAAAACGGGCCUUCUUUCUCAACAUAAUGUUUUGCGUUCUUUGUCAGAGGAACAACAGAAACAAAGUAAGGUUUUGGUGGAGACACAUACUUUGCUCGAAGAUGUUUGUGCGACAGGAAUUGAAACACAUUCUACGGCCCAAGCAACUCAUAAAGUUGCCCUACAAUCAAGCAACGAUAUCAAAGAACUUACCGAACAGAUUCGACGAAUGAAUGCUCCGAAUGUCGUGCCAGAACUGAAGCUGACAGUUAACAUCUCUAACACUGACAAAAAUGGCGAAAAGCAGCUGUCACAGAGGCUCGUUGAGGUCGGUACCAGUAUCGUAAAUAUGGAGAAAAUUCCUCCUGAAAAGAAAACACAGCUUAGACAUUGUCUGAAGAUGGCAUUAAAUGAAAUUGAAAAAGAUGAAAACGAAGUUACGGCAUUGAAAGAAGAAUGUUUAGCUAUUUAUGUACGAAGCAAGUCUUUGAUAGCCUGGGCUGACCUUUGUGAAAGGUGUCUUGCAAAGGAGUUUACACAGACAUUUAGAUCAGUAGAAAGGGAAGUAAGACGCCUGACUGGUUUAAAAAACGUUGAAUUGGACGUAGUUGUCUACGAAGAGGACUUUUUGAAAUCUGUUAACGCAAUAGUCUCAGGUUCAACGAGAAGCGAAACUAUUCAGGAAAAUGAUAAUGCAAACACCAACAGAGAGGUCGAAGAAGUGAGAACUGUUCAAACGUCAUCCGGAAGAAGACGAUACCAGAUUUGCUUCACUUUUGAAUCGUCAAGUGAUUCAGAUGAAAGUUCAACCGCCAGAAAAGAGACGUCCUCAAAUGACAAUACUGUGACGGCAGAUUUCCUGGAUGGCUUAGACGAAGAUGAAGAUAAUGAAACAAAUGAAGACGAAUAUGACAAGGAUGUGAUUGAAAUGAUUGAAAUCGACACACGCAACACUAUUAUGAAAGAAUCACACAUGGGACAAGCUGAUAUUCCGAAUGAAUUGGUCUGUAACUCAUGCAGGAAAAAGUUCCAUGCAAGUGAAGAACUUUCCGACCAUCUAUCAGAGUACUCCAAUAUCAGCCACCGUCUCUCCGAUGAGCGUUCUAAGUGGACACAAAGGUCUCCUCCUAGAGGAGUGAAACUUGAAAACUUCACUCUUUGUGAAAGGUAUUCAAAGAAGAAAGCAUGUCCGUACGGAGAUAAAUGCACUAGACCUCACACUGAUAGCGAAUUAAAAGAAUGGAAUAAGCGACUGGAAUCAAUGAGACAACUUGUUCUUCAUAUUGGAGAAAAUAUUGAGGGUCUAGCGUUGGGUUAUUCUUUGCACAAGCUUUUUAAAGAAGAAAAGCAGAUGAAAGCGACAAGGCAAGAGCUUGAUUUUGUAUUCAUCCAAUCUCUCUCUGAUUUGAAUGUACAUACCAUCACAAAGAGGUUCAAGAAUAAAUGGACGUUCAAAAUAAACAGCGAGUAUUCUCUGAAAAGUGUGUGUCUAACUGACCAGGAAGCUUCGACGUACUACAGUAUAAGUAAUAUAACAGACAGCACAGACAACCGUGACGAUUGUUACGAAAGGUUUCAACAAAAAGAUGAGUGGAAAAACCCAAAAUAUUUGUUGGACCGAGGUGUAUACAAAUAUACGAUAAAGGUUGCAUUCCAAACAGAAAUAUACGGAUCGUUUUAUCAAAACAUCAUCUUUGAUUUUGGAAAGCCGGAACUUCUUCUCAAACAGGUAGCUGUAGAAUCUGCGCCUGUGACAAGCGUUGAUGAAGUUCGUGACAAGUUUGAAAAACAGUGCAAAGUGAGAUGGCAGGAAGAAAAUGUGAACGUUAUGGAGUUCUUUGAAAGAACGGAGGAAGAUGAUAUAGGAAUCAAACUUAUGAAGCAGUAUCCGCUUAAAGAGCUCCUAUCAGAAGAAUUCCCGGAUUCUCUUAAUAGGGAAAACUACACGACAUGGAUGCACAUGAUGUUGUAUUCAGAGGAACAGGCUGGACUGGAGGAAAUUUCAAGAUUCAAUAUCAAGACAUACUUGAUCUUGGAAGAUUGUCUUAAACCAAUUGACAACCCGACGUCUGAAACACUCUAUGCUCAAGAUGGAGAACUGUUUGCGCGAAUUUCUCUAAACGACGAGUUGUCUGUCGAUUCGAAAAUUGGAAAAAUGAUUCUGAGACAGACUCAUAUGAUAUGGAUUGCACCAGUUGCGGCUGAAAGUGGAUAUGCACAUUCAAAAAUGACGGUUUAUGAAGCCCGAAUAGAACAUAGAGAGCGUGAUUUCAUAGAUGUAGAAUUGUCCAGACAAUGCGUACAGGGACUUAAACUUAAAUGUGGACUGGAAAUUCAGGUCGAGAUACAAUUUCAACUCGACCGCGUCGUAUUUUGUGAAAUGCAUCGGGCUGUGGACAACUUACAUCACCUAGACUUUGUUUUUCCGCCUCUCCUCCACACACACGAUUUUCAAAAGGCAGCGUCGGUUCUAGAAAGGACAUUCGAUAACGAAGGGAUGGGAGAUCUUAAUCAAAACCAAAUUACUGCCGUGGUCAAGUCUUCCUGCACCCUAAAGAAAGUGACGCCACCGCUUCUUAUUGUUGGGCCCUACGGGACGGGAAAGACAUAUACGAUUGCACAGGCAGUGAAAUACAUCAUCACCCAAAGCAUGAAGUCUCCACAAGAACCAAAGUCUCGAGUGCUCAUAAGCACUAGUUCAAACAGCGAGGCUGACGCGUACAUCAAAGAUUACAUGCACCAGUUUGUUGAAGCUGGCAUCUCUGAAGCCCGGCCACUGAGAAUUUACUACAAGUAUCGAUGGAAACAGACUGUUCCAAAAACUGUCCUGGCUUACUGUACACUGGAAGAGAACGACGGAAAAAAGGGGACAUUUCGAUCACCAACCAAGGCCGAGGUUUCUCAACACAGGGUUAUUGUGACUACCUUGCAUACUGCAAAGCUGCUUACCUAUCUAGAUCUUCCAGAAGAUUUCUUCACGCAUAUAUUCAUCGACGAAGCAGCGCAAUCCCUGGAAUGUGACUUGCUAAUACCAAUUUCAUUGGCUGGAGCAAAAACACGGAUUAUACUUGCUGGUGAUCAUAUGCAGAUAAGCCCUGACGUUUGUUCAAAGAUUGCCCAGCAAGAACAAUUUCAGAUGUCAAUGCUAGAGCGACUUGCAGAGUAUUACCUUGUUGACAGCCCGUUUGUUGUUACUCUUGGUGACAAUUAUCGCUCUAACAAGGCUAUCAUUGACUUCACCUCAGCUCUCUUUUAUGACAGCCGUUUGAAAGCAGUCAAAAAUCCUGCACCUCAUAAGGUUUACUAUCCGCUCACGUUUUUCACUGCCAGAGGAAAAGAAAUCAUGCCUGACUUGAAGAUUGGAUAUUACAACAUGUCUGAGUUGUACGAAGUUGUUGAUCAGGUCCAACAACUUUGUAAACACUGGCCGCGAGAAUGGGGAAGGUUUGACAGAAAAAGCAUCUGUGUUGUCUCGACAUACACCAUGCAGAUAUGGUGCAUACGAGCAGAGUUGCGGAGACGAGGGAUUUACUACGUCCCAGUCGAGAUGGUUACCAACGUUCAAGGCAAACAGUUUCGUGUGAUCAUCAUGAGCACUGUACGCACCAAGCACACCUGUUCUGUGAAUACCGUAGACAAUGAUGACUAUGAUCUCGGAUUCUUGUCGAACCUAAAGCUGUUGAACACGGUCAUUACAAGGGCACAGUCGUUGGUCAUUGCUGUUGGUGAUCCUGUUGCUCUAUGCCUCAUAGGACGCUGCAGCAAAGUAUGGGAAUAUUACCUGGAAAUAUGCAACGACCAUGGAAGCUUUUUUGGCCUGACAUGGAAACAUUUUAAGUCGUUGCUGGAAAAUACUGAAGUUGAGGAAACAUACAGGCUGAAUCCACUAGCCAAAGAGUUCGUACCAAGGACGUGUAUCAACAGCAUCCGAGUUCCUCCCAACAGUCCUGUAUCUGCGGUUGAAUCAGUCGCUCGGCCAUUAUCACAAGAAAACAAGUUUGGAGAUCUAAAGCAGCCAGCUGUGACACAUCCGUUGCAAAGCAUUGCAGUGCCACCUUGUGUAGAUCGAACAGCAGUGGAAUUGCUAACAGAGCAAAUACCUUCAAUUGACAAUGUUCAAUUUGGACUACCUGCACCCCACGCGAAUAUGAAUGUUGUACCGUCAACAACAAUGACCGAAUCCUCAAUGUUUUCAAUACACAGCGAGAUAAACGUCGAGCAAGCGUUGCCAUUAAAAACACAGCAAGAUACCGUUUUCAAUAGAGACCCGGGCUAUAUAAGAAGUCAACGAUAUCAUGGUAUGAAUCCAGAUGCAACAUUGUUCAAACCUGGCAUUGCGAAAAUCUCACGAACCUCAAUUGAUCUUCCGCCAUCACCGGGAUCGUUUAAGAUGAACCCAGAAGCAACAGAAUUUAUUUACGAACAGACAAACAUCGUUCAAACAUCGAUUGAUCCAUUGCCAUCACAAGGAUCUGAUAAAGGAAACUCAGAUGCGACCGAAAAUAUGCAUGGUAGUACGAACAUCCCACCAGAAUCCAUUUAUUGCUUGCCAACAUGGGAUAAGGGAAGUUUGCCUCAUUUGAACUAUCUAAAUCCUUGUGGUGGGCUUAAUCAAUUGCCGUCAACUGUUGAAGGUACCAGUGAUGCGUCGUUUGAACAACAUGCAGUGUUUCCUUCUGAGGUCGAAAAUACUGCCGAGAACCCGGAAAUCGUCCAUGACCUUUAUGGAAAAGAUAACAAUGAUUCUUUGAUUCAUUUGCUUGGAACACAAAACGACAACAAGGAAACCAAAAAGGAUCAAUUGACCACCAAGACAUUUGAGACACGAGCAGAUCAUUACAAUAUUGCAUUUUCUGAUGAGAUAACGUCCCUGAUAGAAUCAAAGUCGAGCGCCACAGGUCAUUUGCUGUCAAAAGACAAGGCCGAUCUUAAGAGGAACGACAACCCGUAUCGACUGCAGACAAUAAGAGAGAAAGAAAGUUUCCAGUUCGAUAAUGCUGAUGGGUUUAUAAUGCGUCGUCACCGAUCGAAUCCAACCACAAGAAAUGAACAGUCCUGGUAUCGUAAAACAGACGACGCUCGCUUAGAAUCGGUCGGAAUAAAAAGUUAUGAUGAGACGCCAUCAAAGAAUUCGAGCAGAACAAAGCAAAUCGGAAAAAAAAUCGGCGUUAUUCGUUAUGUACCAGGUUUCGUAAAACCAGACGCCGGUGAAUGCUCAGAAGAUUGGAUAAAAUCUAUUUUGAAUCCGUCCAUAGAUAUAUUUAAUCCAAACGUAAACAGUCCGCAAUAUCCACGACAGGCCGUGCGUUCUGGAAACAUCGGUAUUGUGAAAUCCGCGGAAAGUUUAAACAAAACUGACGAUCAGAAGGUUUUUAGAGAGGCAGAAUAUACAUCGGCAGUGCCUUCAAAAGAGAAGCCAGAAGAAGAUGGUUUUGAGAAAUUAUCUUACGCCGAAAUAGUGAAAAAGAGAGCAGAGAAAAAUCUGUGAUUUCCCAAAAAGACGGGUGGUGAUGAUUUUCAUUUUUAUUUCGCAAAAUGUCACGAGUAUGUAAUAUGAAGUUAUGCCGUAGAUCUCCUCAUACUUAGAGAUCAUUCAAAAUUAAGAUUAGAUAAGCUUACCAGUUUAGUUAUUAGUACAACUUUUACAAUACGUGUCAUAUUGAGUUGUUGUAUUGUGGUUCUAGUGAUUAAGGUUACUAUGAUAUCUGUUUACAUGGAUGUGUUUGCAAGCCCUUAUUUUACGACAUUAGUUUAAGUUCGCUAUAUUGUAUAAUCAUUUUCAUUUGACAUCAGAAACUUUACUAAGUUUUAAAGGGACUCGUUCACAGAUUUUGUGUCGGUCAAGACUUUUCAAAUUAUCAAGUUAUUUGUUAAUACAGGCAUUAAAUUAAAAGCUAGAAAAAAAAGCUCAUGAUGCCAAAUUAAAAUCAAUUGAGCUCUAAUAUGAAGUUGUGAUGAUAUUUUAAAAUUGAAACAAGCAUUAUUUUCAUAUUUUACCCGAUGUCUGAUCCUAUAAAACGUGAACAGGUACCAUUCAAUACCAAGAAUCCAUAUUAUAUUUAAUAUAUUACAGAUUAUGCUUUGUUUUUGUUGUUGUUGUUUUUUUCAAAUUGAUAAAAUUAAGGUUAUAACAUCUCGGCGAAGGAAGGCGCUUGUCAUUGGCAGAUUUGAGUUCUAAGACUGUUCACAAACAUAGGCAAUGGGCUUACAUUAUCUUAUGUUUUGAGUUUGUGUCUAAGACCUGCAAAAUAUUUAAAGAAACGAAAUAUUUGUUAUCUCAUUUUUAUUCACAACAGAAAUUGAAUAAUAGUAAAGUUUGAUACUUAUAAACUUAUGACCUGUGCUAAAUAAAAUCUAUUUUUUGAAUGUUUAACUAUUAUUUACACGUUGUUAUAAAAAUAAUGGAAUUAGAUGAUGUAAUGCCAUACAAAACAAAAUUUCUUUGGACAUGAAACUGUAUGUAAAUCAAGGUCUUAAAUAUAUAUAUUUGGUUAUACGUAUGCUAUUUUAAUUCAUUUUUUUAAAUUCAUAUUUUUAUUUGUUCAGUGAAUGAAAUUUUGAAGCCUUUUGGCAUUGAUAUAAACAUAUUGACUGCCAAUCAAGCUUUUUUUUUAGUUUUAUAAACAUGUAUACCUGUUGACGUGUAUAUAAUAAUAUUAUAUUGUGAUUGCCAUAUAUCGAAAGUGUUCGAAUAUAAUACAUUUUAAAUACGUUUUAAAGCUGCAUGCUUUUAUUUGAUUUUAUUAUUUGAUUUUACUCUCAUGUAUGUUCACCGCUAACAUAGUCAUAUCGAAGAGUUGACAGAGACAAUUUAGAUUUUAAAAGAGUAAUUAUUGCUGUUAUUGGACAUCUUCAUCAAACAUAAUUUUGGCUACUUUUAUAUGUAAAAACGUUUGCGAACUAAUAAAUAAUGUAGAAGUGUUAUAAAUGGGUUGAAAAAGUGAUACUUUGUUAAUGAUAUGAUUUCAUUGGAUGUUGCUGUUUAUCGAAAUGGUGCUGAUUAUUUUUGUUGCAAACUUGUUUGAUUGUUUGGUUAAGAAUAUUGCAAAUAUGAAAUUCAUAGAAACAAUGUUUUAAAGUAACUGAACUCGUCUCGUCUUUGUCAAUACUUUAAUCAAGGCUCGUGAUUCCCAAAAUGUUUGAUAUAUUUUGAAUUGAUAUUGCUUGCUUAUUAAUAACUUGUAAACUAAAUGAUAUGCACAAUUGAUACAAAUGUUAAAGCUUGUAUCGAAACUCGAGCGUCAUUUGACCUAUUUUUUUGCAAUAUAUUUGAAGGUCAAAUACGCAUGUUUAUAAUAUGAUUAAUAUAUAUUUUUUCCUUAUCAGAAUGUGUUGUGUCUAUAUCUUCGACAGAACAGAGAAUACAAGAGCUGUUCAAGAAAUAUGUGGAUUUUCUCCCCUCUCCUUCGAAAUAGAGGGGGUAUAUUGCUUUGUACAUGUCGUUUGAUCCUCAAACUUGAUUUGGAGGUUGAGCGUGUCCAGUAGAUGAACCAUAUUGUCUUUGAGAUCAUUGGCUUAAUGGUCAAGGUCACUUUGACCUUGAAUGCAAAAAUGUUUGUCCUAGUGAUAACUCGACAAUGCCUAGACAUAUUGUUCUCAAACUUAAUCUGGAGUUGGGCAUGACCAGUAGAUGACCCCUAUUAGUUCUGAGGAUAUUGACUCUAUGGUCAAGGUCACAGUAAUCUUAAAUGCAAAAAGCUUGACCGAGUGAUAACAAGACAAUGCAAACAUAAUCAUAUGAUCCUUAAACUUGACAAAUAGGUUGUGUGUGACCAGUUUAUGACCCUUAAUGAUCUUGAACGCGAACAAUAAUGUCCGAGAGAUAACUUGACAAUGCACACACUGACUCAAACUUGAAAUAGAGACUGGGCAUUUCUAGUAGAUGACCCUUACUGAUUUUGAGUUCAUCAGGUCAAAUCAGCUGGCACUUCGGUCUAUGCAUAUUUUAUUCAAUUGACCAAAUAUUCAUGACAACAUUGCGCGCAGGGUACAUACUGUUUCAGAGAUCUCUUGUGUUUAUUUUAUUUAAACACAAUACUUGAAAUCGUGAUAUUUGUCAGUGAUUCUGCUUAUCAUAUGCAAUGUUUCCUUUUGGUACACAACCUUUCAUGUAAUUUUUAAUUGUCAUUAACAUGGAGGUAAGUAAGUUGGUGCAAACAAAUUGACGUCAAGCGAUUAAUGCAGCAUUAAAUUUUUAAAGUAGUUUAAGUUUACAAUGUACUAGUAUAUUGUUUUGAUUUUUUUAAAUUUGUUUUUAUUAUUGAACUUAGACAUCAUUACCAUAUAAGAGUAACAAUCAAAUGAAUUCAGGAUAAAUAAGAUUUUGAUAACGCAAAAGUGUUAGACCAUUAUCAAGUCUCGUGAUAGUAAGUGGUGAUCUAUUUUCUUGUUUGAAUAGCUAUAUUACAGAUAUGAUUGGUAAAAAAUCUAUACUUUUAGCUUAAUCAUAUUAAUAAAGAGGUGUACUGUUCAUCUAUGAAUCGCAGACAUAAACUGUUCCACGUUUAGGAUCUACAUAAAUCAAUGUAUCUUUCGUUUAUUGUAUGCUGUAUGCAGGUAAUGUAAUUUUGCAAUUUAUCAAAUAUCUCAUGUGCCUUUCUCGUCAUGGAUAAGAAGUAUUACAUUAGAUCUCGAAAAAAACAUUUAUUUCCUUUCGGUGAUAAAACACAUUUGACGAUAUCAGUAAAUAUUUUAUUUUAGUUUAAAAAUGGCCAUGUUGAUAAGUUGGCUAUACGAUUUGCGAAAACAACCAUAUCAUGAUUUGUCCAUACUUUUAUUUUCGAAGGGAAAUCAAUAUCUUGAAAUUUCAAAAUAAUAUUCUGUUGUAUGUUAUAAAGAAUUAGAUUAUGUUCGAUUGACAGAAAUAUGAAUAAUGUUAUAUAUUUCGCCUUAUUUACCCUAUGAAUUAAUAAAAAUGUGUGUACGUUCUUUCAUAAGAGAA